AUGGCGCAAGUCCUUCAGACUCUCGUCGACCAAAAAGUCGAGAUUGUCACUGUCGACGGGCGCGUCUUUGUCGGCACGCUGAAGGGGUUUGACCAGAGCACAAACUUGAUUCUGGACAAAUGCGAGGAACGCAUUUAUAGCCUCGAUGCGGCGGUCGAACAAAUUGCUCUCGGCCUCUAUCUAAUUCGAGGCGACAACAUCGCGGUCGUUGGAGAGGUGGAUGUGGAGGUAGACGAGAGCAUUCAGCUCUCAUCGGUUCGCGCAGCUCCUCUUAAGCCGAAGAAGGAGAGGCUGUACGUAAACUUGUUGAUAGGUGCUCUCCUUUCUUCACAGCUCCAAACCAUGUAG